AUGUCUGUUAGCAGCGACACUUUGCUAGCUGGCGGAAACCCGAGCAAUGGCGAGGGCACUGACGUAUUGACGCGGAUUCACCAAGCGCUGGAGGUUGUGCACAGUCCUCUCUCGAGCAAUGAUGCCCGCCGACAAGCUCAGUCGCUUCUCGAAGAGGUCAAAGGCAUACCUGAAGCUCCUUUUCAAGGAUAUCGAUUAGCUGCAGACAGGACCCAGCCACCAGUCGUUCGCCACUACGCCCUCUCGCUUCUCGAACAUGCUAUACGGUACCGGUGGUCUACAUACAACCAGGAACAAGCUACGGCCUUGCGGCAUUGGGUUUUUGAGUUGAGCCAGUCCGUCUCCAAAGGAGAUGCAUUCUAUCUCAGGAACAAGACAGCACAGUUGUGGGUUGAAAUUGCCAAGCGAUGCUGGGGGACCGAAUGGAUGGACAUGGACUCUUUGCUUGUUCAACUUUGGCAGAUCCAGGACUCGACGGUUCACAAGGAGCUAGUAAUGUUUGUUCUGGAAACCCUAUCCGAUGAGGUGUUUACUGGGGAUGACCCAGUGGUGGCGAUGAGGGAAGGUGUUCUUAGCAAGGCGUGCGUGGAGAUAUUCACGCCAACGUCAGUAUUGGUUGGGGCUUUCCCUCAUCGUCAUCCUGGCCCGGAUGUGCGCCAUGGACCCGAAGGAUGGCUCGAGCGUAUUUCUGAAUUCCUCAACUAUUGCGUCAGUUCCGACGUGAAGGAUAGUGCUGAAGCCAAGACCUGUGCAGUCAAGGCCCUCUCCGUCUUUUUGUCCCUUAUGCCGUGGGCCAUUCCCAAAGCCAUAGCGGCUGCACAGUGUGUGAACAUCAUGACUGCGAGUCUUGCAUCCUCACACACGGACAUUCAAAAGGCCUCCCUAGAAGCGCUCCAUGCUCUGUACUGUCGGACCAACUUCUCCGAUGACGAAUUUCGCGACCUUGUCGCCCCAAUGUACAGUCCCAGUUCAGUUGAUCUCUGCAGGGGUCUGUACAGCUGGGCUACCGUGGAUCCUGAGAAUAUUGAUGAAGAUAAAUAUCAGAUUCUCAAGAAGCUGUCAGAGAUGCUAUCCUGUCUUGCGGACUAUUUCGAACGAAAAUUCGCCCAAGUGCCUCAGGACGCGGCCAGCUCAGGAUUUUUUGGGCUCUUGCUCCAAGUAACGCAGAGUCCGAGUUUAAUGGUUUCGAUACCUAUCCUGGCAUCAUGGACCAGAAUUCUUGCUCAUAGAAGUCUUGGUUCCAGUUACUUAGUGUUGGAAAUUGUCGGUCCGCUUCUGGAAACUUGCAGUUCCAGAUUGGUGCGCUACGAAAAUUUCGCAGAAGACUCCACCGACCCUACAUAUCUUUUCUUGCUAGAUGACACGGAUACCAUCCCCGAGCGGCACGCGUUCUCGGGAAACUAUCGUAGAUAUAGCUCCCAGAUUAUCGAGCACAUCGUUCAGUUGAAACUUGUGGAUGCAGUCUCCUACAUCCUAGGCCGGGCAGAGCAUGUUCUACAGAACCUCUACGAUGGACAGCCAACCUUUAACAAGCAAACGUAUGCCAAACAUUCAAUGUCUGUUUUGCAAGUCGAUUCCCAUUUCACUGCCAUCGAGGCUACGUUGAAAGGUUACGUGAAAUGGAGGAGAUAUCAAGCAAGAGGUCACGAGCAGCAAGUUGUCGAAAUGGAGUCAAACCUAGAGUUGUGGUGUAAUAAGUUGCUCGAAAUGAGCUCCGAGGAUCCAAUGAUUCGCAAGCGCGCAUUACAACUUCUGGUUGUCUUCUCAAUUACUGCGCUCAACGAAAAAUCUGGAUUCAUGUUGAAAGUUCUCGAGCACAUUCUCCUAACAUGGCCUGCACUCGAACCUGAGCAUCGUGUAUAUAAUGAUGCCAUCAAGGACCUGCAAAGUGAGAGUAUGAUUGAGCUGCAGCGCCUCGCGGCUGAAAUGCCUGAUCACCUCUUGCUGGCUGAAUUCGUUGACCCUGUCAAAGCCCAGUGGCAGAGUGAGCCGAUUCGGGCGUCGCUCAAAUCUCACACGGACUUCUGCAAGUACCUGGGCCUUGACAAGGCGCAAAAAUACCUUGCCAGCAGACGUGCACAUGAACUUAAGGAUUGGGGCUCAUGCGAAUUGGAUUCAGAGGGUCUGUCACUUCAAAAUGAGCUUGAGGAGCGGUUAAAGACUCUUCCUUUGCGGCCUACAAAAUCAUUCCUUGCCUUUUCAGUAGAGCGGGUGGAUAAGUUCUCACCAGCUUUUCAGGCGUCUUGCGCGCUUUGGCAGCGGGGUUUCUCCAACAUCGUCGCCGAUUUACUUGAAUAUUUAAAAUUUGCACACGCGACACACAACCCUGCCAGUUGGCUAGAGUUGCCCACAGAAAUGCGAGGCAUGGUGGACCGCGUUCUCAGCGACAGAUUUUGGCAAGCCGGAAUAUCCGAAGGCAGUAAAGACGACUUUUAUGCGAGAGUUAUGGACAAGAAAAACACGAUUGAAGGCCUUACCUCGACUAUCCGAGGCUCGUUCUUCGGCUUCAGCGGCCUAUCUGGCCCUCUAUCAGAAGCUUUGUUCUCGAACUCUAUAUGGCUAUCUACGCACCAGCAGAGAAACUUGCUGGACUUGGUGCGGUAUCUAGUCCGUGAAUGCCCCGUAGAGUACAGGGAACAAUUCCUUCCACAGCUCUUGGCGGCUUGCUUCACACAGAUGGAUGCCAAAGUUAACGGCGAGUGGGAGAGAAUGGAAAAACAGCAAACUUCCAUGGUGAACGGCGAAGCAGAACUUCAGGAAGAAAUGAAAGCGGAGAGCAUUCUACGGCAAGUAACGCAUACAGCUGUCAUGAUGGUGGCUGAUUUCCUGGAUCCUACAAAAUCAAAUCCGCCCACGCUCAAGUCCCGAAACCGAAAGGAGGGUUCCGCAGAUGAGCCAACAACGCCUUAUCCGUCACUGAGGAAAUUCUGCCUCAUGCGACGAGAAAUUGUUGAGCCGUUACUGGUGUUUUGCACUCAUGGCAUCCGGAUGAGGGAUACGCGAUGCUGCGGAAUGGUCCUUCGACUGUUCAUCUCUCUGGUUCCCGAGUUUCAGUUUGUCCAGGACCAAGGACAAAGCCGGCCAACGGGGAAUCUUCAUGAUGACGGGCUUGGUUCAACUCACACAGACACUACGCCAGUGCCCGCUGGUAUCGCCUCGGUCAUCAGGGAAUAUAUCGCGCAACACGUCUUAAAAGCUUGUUUGACAUCGUUCCACGAACCCUACUUUGUGGAGGUGCAGAAAGAGCUGGCCUCAUUGAUCGCAACCAUCGUGGUCUAUUAUAGCCCCAUUACAGCGACACCGAAGGAAAUUCUUUUAUCUCUACCAAAUGUGAACCCGGUCGAGCUUGAACGACUUGCGCCAUACAUGGCCAAGCCGGGAUCCCAAACCCGCCAGCAACGCGCGAUUGUUCUGGAGCUCCUGAGAGACCUGAAAGGAGUGAGUGUAUCUGAAAUGGGAAGACUCGCCAAAACCGCGGGCUUUGGUGGUUCAACACGCAACAAAAGAAGCAACAGGAGCAAGAUGGCACAGGGGUUCUUAAAUAAUGCAACAGAAGCCGAAGGUGGUGUAACCCGAGGAAACGGUGUGGCGGAUGCUCUACCGGCGACACCGGAUGCUCUGGAAGGCGUGUCUGGUUUGUUCGAAGGUUAG